AUGGAUCUUGAAAGUAACUACACUCCACCGAUAAAGUUGAAACCUGUAGCAAAUAAGAACCAUUCACAUGACAUAUACUGCUUUGCGUGUCAUUCCGAAGGCGAUGUUAUCAAAUGUUACUCCUGUCCACGUGUAUACCAUCUAAAAUGCUUAGAUUUAAUCAUAUUACCUAGUCGCAAAUGGACAUGUCCAGGAUGUGAAAUCUCACUGUCAUCGUCGAAUACAGUCAAUUUACGGUAUCAGACAGAACAUGAACUGCAUACUAUGUUACAGCAUGCUUUCUAUCAGUUAAAAUCGCAGCCACAGUCGAAAGCUUUUAUCCAUUCGAUCAAUGAACCGAAGUAUUUGGAGUAUAUCGUUCAUCCGUUAAGCCUAGAAGACAUCGAAAAAAAUAUUCUACUUAAAAAGUACAAUUCCACAGCAGCAUUUCUUAGCGAUAUCAAAUGGAUUCUGCACAACAGUAUAGUCUACAACGGAAAACUUAGUAAAGUAACCAACAACGCUCGUGUCUUGAUGAAAAACAGUUACCAUGAAGUGACCGAAAUUCAUAUAUGUCCAGAAUGUUAUCUACGUAGUGCACAACUCGUUGCCGCUGAUUGGUUCACUAUUCCAUGUGCUAUACCGCAUACACUAUGUUGGGCGAAAAUGAAAAGUUAUCAACCAUGGCCGGCGAAAGUUUUGCGUAUUAUCAACGAUGAGGUAGAUGUACGAUUUUUCGGUACACACAACCGUGCAUGGGUGCCGAUAAGCAAUUGUUUUGUUCUGUCAAAAGAUUAUCCGGGUUCUCUGAGGAGAAAAUCAGAUGCAAAAUUCGACAAAAGUCUUUCGGAGUUAGAAACACAUGUGAAUCGACUGAAAAAACUUUAUGGACAUUUUACUUAUGCACCUCCGCAAACUUUACUGAGCAAAACCAAGCCAUUCAAAUUCGUCUCAAUAAUCGAUGAUUCUAUUCUACCAACCUAUAUGACUACACCCAACAUUGACUCUUCUGGUAAACGCCGCCGGAGAUCACGUUGUUAUUCAUCUCAAAAAUCCACCGAGAUCAGUAGUAAUAGUUCCCAAGAACAAUCCACUAAACGCAAACGAAUUCACAAUGACGAGUAUUCAAACAUUCAAGAUAGUGCAUUGCAACCAAGAUUACAGAUAUGUGAUAUAUUCAAUCUAUCGAUCGAUCAGGAAUCAUCUUUAUCCGGUCGACCUCCAUCACCCACAGAUAAUAAAUUCCAAAUUCGUGCACUACUACGACGGUACAUUGACUGUGGGUCACCUGUGGACGAUGUAAUUACCACAGAUGUUAGAUCAACUAUGGACUCAUUACUCAAUGCAAUCGACGCAUCGAAAUCGGCAUCCAAAGUUGCAUCGGUGAAACGUAAUAGAACGAAGAGGUCUCGAAAACGUCGUCGAAUCCAAUCACGCGCACGACCAAUUUUGAGUCCAUCUCCAGUGUUACAUCCAUCGCUAUCACCAUUCAUUCCACUUAUUCCACUUCGACGACUAUCAGUUAGUUCACCAAGUGAUGAUACCUCGGAGAAUAUUCCAUCGACGAUACACAAGAGUUCCACACUAGACGAAUCCAAUAGAAGACCAUCCAUAGAAAUAAUUCCUACGAGUACAAGCAUAGCUGCUGACCGCCAAUCUUCGUCAUCUGUUUCAACAAACUCCUUUUCCAAUUCACCACCUGUCAACGCACGUUCUGAUCUUCCAGUUAUAAUUCCUAGCUUUCCCUCAAGUUCUCAAAAAAAUAAUACUCCUUUGGCAGAAGCAAGAGCACAAGCAAUAGAUUUAACCGAAUCCGGCUCAAAGCCCGAUCAAAUUUCAUCAGAUGAUUCUUGUCAAGCAAAGCACGAAAUGCAAUCGAUCUUCACCAGUUUUAAUAAUCAGUUUCAAGAAGUAAUAUCUACCCUCACCGCUCAGAUUCAAUCCUCUCUCGAAACAACUCGAUUGAAAUACGAGAAAGAUCUCGACGAACUCCAUCGUUCGUAUCGUCAGUCACUCAACGAUCUUCACUCGAUCGCGACUGAACAAAUCCAGGAAAUUCACAAUACUCUCGAACUUCAAUACUGGACCCGACUUUCCGAAAUACAUCGUCGCUACGAGACCAAACUCACCUAUCACUAA